ACAGACGGGCAGGUGUGCUUUCUGCUGAAGCCUCUGUCUGCUUCCACUUCCAUCUGUCUCAAAGCCCCAACCCUCUACCCCCUGCUGCGUGGUCUCCGUCGUCCCACCACGUCUGCGGAGUGGGUGCCGGCUCCCUCCCCCAGGGGUGGGAGUGAGGAGCUGGGGGAUGGACUUGACAAACCUCUGGAGAAUGACGCGGAGGGUGUUUGGAGCCCCGACAUCGAGCAGAGUUUCCAGGAGGCCCUGGCCAUCUACCCACCCUGUGGCCGCCGGAAGAUCAUCCUCUCUGAUGAGGGCAAGAUGUACGGACGAAAUGAGCUGAUUGCACGGUACAUCAAACUUCGCACAGGGAAGACACGGACCAGGAAGCAGGUGUCCAGUCACAUCCAGGUUCUAGCCCGACGGAAGGCCAGGGAGAUCCAGGUGAAGCUGAAGGAUCAGGCUGCCAAAGACAAGGCCCUCCAGAGUAUGGCCAGCAUGUCCUCAGCUCAGAUCAUCUCACCCACAGCCUUCCAGAACAAGAUGGCUCUCCAGGGCCUUUCUAGACCAGCCUACCCCACCGCUGGUGGGUUUUGGCACAGCGCACUUCCAGGACAGCCGGGGGGCCAUGAAGACAUUAAGCCCUUCUCCCAGCAGAGUUAUGCCAUGCAAGCGUCCGGCCCGGCCCCCAUAACAGGUUAUGAAAGUACAGCAGGGCUGUCCAUGUCUCCGGGUGCCCCCCCUUGGCAGGGCAGAAGUAUUGCUAGCUCCAAGCUGCGAAUGCUGGAGUUCUCCGCCUUCCUGGAGCAACCUCAGGACCCCGAGAAUUUCAACAAGCACCUGUUUGUUCACAUCGGCCAGUCCAACCCGAGCUACAGUGACCCCUAUCUGGAGUCGGUGGACAUCAGGCAGAUCUAUGACAAGUUCCCAGAGAAGAAAGGGGGCCUGAAAGAGCUUUUUGACAAAGGGCCACACAACGCUUUUUUUCUCGUCAAGUUUUGGGCGGACCUCAGUGUAAACCUGCAAGAUGACAGCAGCUUCUUUUACGGAGUGUCCAGCCAGUAUGAGAGCCCAGAGAACAUGAUUAUCACCUCAUCCACCAAAGUCUGCUCCUUUGGCAAACAGGUUGUGGAGAAAGUGGAGACGGAGUAUGCACGCUUUGAGAAUGGGCGCUACGUGUUUCGGAUCCACCGAUCCCCGUUAUGUGAAUACAUGAUCAAUUUCAUCCACAAGCUUAAACACCUGCCUGAGAAAUACAUGAUGAACAGCGUACUGGAAAACUUCACCAUCCUGCAGGUGGUGACAAACAGGGACACACUGGAGACGCUUCUGUGCAUAGCUUACGUUUUUGAGGUGUCCACUAGCGAGCACGGCGCGCAGCAUCACAUUUACAGGCUAGUCAAAGACUGACACGGUGGCACGGUUUGAACUUGCCAGCUCUAGACCCCUUUGUAGCACACCCAGUGAGCAAAACCACCAAACAACAGACUAAUGUCUCCACGUGCUUAAAGCUGAAAUCUGUCACGUCGUUGGGGAGCUCAUAGACACACACCGGCUGCAUCGGCGCACGCAGGAGCGCUACUACUGCUGAAGAGGAGGAGGUGGAUUUGGGACUGUGGAAGCUAAAACAGGCUGUACGUGACAAGUGGCGAGAAGGAAAAAAAGAUAAAAAGGACGAACUUGAUAGAUACACUGGUGUCUUUUCCAAAAGGAGCCAAACAUGGCCAGCAAGUCCUGCAUAAGACACUUGCCUUCAUCUCAUUUUACUAAAGUUGGUUUUUAAUUUAGAUCCUUUUACAAGUAUUCAUGUGCAGGGGACGUUUUCCACAGUGGAGUUUUGCUGCCUCAGAGUGCCACCUAGUGACUUAAAUAAAUAUGACCGUUGGAAUGAAAUAAGCACACCAAGGAUCCCUGUUUUGCACAUCCACUGAAUAUCGCUUUUUGUGCCAAUGUUUUGCGUUAUUUGAGCAUUUAAGUAAUUAUGUACAGUGCCACAUCCAUCUCCUCUUAACAAGGUUAUGAUAAGUGGCUUAAGUGAUUUUAAAGACCUGUUGUUUUCACUGUUUGAUGUUUAUUGUUGAAUGUGUCUUGGAUUAUCUUAUCGUCUUUGAUUGACAGCUGUCUGACUACGACAUAAGGCACAUAAAUAACAACACUGUUAACUUGAAGCAGGAGGGGAUCUGUAAGCUGAUUACAAAAGUUAUCUGUAUAUGUAACUUUCCCUGAAGUGUCAGAUGAGAAUACAAGUGUUUCUUUCAUAACUCCUCACGCUUGCUGGGUUUUGUAAAGUUCAAUGUAAAAGUAAUGACAUACACUGUCAAAUGUCUGGGAUUUAUGUUAUUUACACACAGUGUAGUGUUAAUAGACAUGUCAGAAGAAAAGUUGUCUUACAACCUCAUACUUUCACUCAUCAUUUUCCAUAUCAUGAAUUCAAAAAAUAGGAUUUUAGAGCUUUCCUUAAUUGAUAACACAAGAUCCAAAACACAAGCAAACAAAAGAAAUAGCAAAGUAUGUUCACUUGGAAGAGAGUUGCAUCUUUCUUUCUGCUUUGCAUCAAAUCAUGAAACAAUUCAAAAUAUCUGUGGAUUUUCAGUGCAUAAAGGGUACAAAAACAAGCUGCUGAGGGAUGGCAGAUCACAGUCACAAGCAACCGUCACUUAUCCAUAGCUGAUACAUUAGCAUGGACAAUACUUCAAACUUUACUGUGUGAAAGAGCUAUAAGUGGCAAAAAGAAGAAGACUCAUGUUAAGCUCGUCCAGAAGAGGCAUUGAUGUCUCUGGGUUUAGCGGUAUCCGCGUUAAUCCAUCAGAAAUUGAAAACGUGUCUUGUGAUCAAAUUAAUCAAUUUACCAAACCUUUUUUGGAGUUUAUUGUAAUUAACAGGAACCAUGUUCACUAGAUUAACGAUCAAAUGGACAAUCCUGACUUUUAUUAGCAAAAACACCAAAAACCAGGCUCGGUGGUAUGAAGUUGUAUCAGUGGACACAGCAAAGUGUCAUUAAACAUGUGAAGACAAUAUUAAAACAGAAAAGUACUCUGGUAUUUGGGAGACUGCGUUCAAGAUGGCAUCUUUUCAAGGGCUGUGCUUGUAUUUUUCUACAGGACAGAACAAAACCACAAUCUGCCCACAUACUAAAGAUAUGUGUGAAGAACAAGAGAAGAUACGAAUGCUGGACUAGCGUUCCUGCUGUCCAGACACGCACUGGCCUUCAGGGACAAUAGAACAAAAGAAAGCAUGAAACACUUCUUUUGUAUGCAGUUUGUAUUUUAAGGGCUGAGCAAGAGGACAGCAUUAGAAACGGGAAAACACUUUAUUAUACUAACUUUCUUGGAAUUUGUUGCCUGCCUGAAAUUCAAAAAUACAUGUAAAUUAACAAAAGAAAUGAAGUUGAUGAAAAAACUACACAAAACUAAUUAGGUUCAUAUGACCACCAAAUAAAUAAUCUGCAUU